CCCUCGACCCCGCGGAUCCGCCGGAUGAGACGUUGAACAGCAAUGCAUUCUGGGGCAUGGCGUAGCACAAUAGUUAACUUCAAUGCUAACUGCUCUCCGGAAAGUGAAAAUCUAAUUGCCUUAAAAAUACAGAUUAGUUGAAAAUACACCAUCUGCUAUGUCAAAUAUUUUGAGUCAAUCGCAGACAUGGUCCGUCGAAGAAGCAUCGUUUGGGGCUAUUUUUCAACUGUGAGCUCGCAUUCAGUCCAAUGUUUGAUCUGCAGCCGUUUUGUGCCUAAACAUGCUCAGGGCACCACCACGGCCUUGCUGAGACAUCUACGAGUCAACCACCCCACUGAGGCCAACAGACCAAGUCGAGGUCGUUUUUCUGAGGGUACCUCCAUCCACGGAAGCCAAGACAUGGAGACAGGCGGUGAACAGUUCUGCUCCGGUAAGAUCCAUGUGAAAACUGCUACAGCAGCAGAGAGACACAAAACAAUCCAGACAUCAACAUUCAUUUUAAUAUUUACAGAUUUAUUUUGUUUUAUUGUUGUAUCAGUGUUAGCAAAGACAGUCAACACUUUCACUAACGAUGGAAAUUGUCAUAAAAAUGUUGAAAUAGCUAUUUCAUGAAUUUAAAUAGCUGCAAAUAACUCAGUUUUUGAUCAGGUUUCCUUAGUAACACAUUUUUAAAGCAAUCCAGGGUUUAAAACAGUGGAUUCACACGGAAAGAGACAGGUGAUGGUUCAGACAUUGGAUGAGGAAGCCUCCUUUUGUUUAUUUCUUUAUACACCAAACUGGAUCUAAGAGGAGACCUCUGGGUGUCUUAGAAAGCACUCAAGGUAUUAUAAAUUCCAUCUGCCAUGGAAACCUAGGAGAAGCUGGAAAGCUUUGCUGGGGAGGGGAGUGCCUAGGACAACUUACCCCACCUGUUUCUACAGUGAUCUGGCCCCAAAUAAAGAGAAGAAAAUUAAUGAUUGCAUGGAUUUUAAACCAUUUUCUUUCUUUACAUACGUGAUGCAUUUUUUAACCACUGGUCUGCUAUACUUGAGUUAAAGUAACGCUGCGGUACCUCUUUUUAUUCAAUCAAGCAAUCACUUUAUUUAUAAAGCACUUUUCAUACAUAAACUUGUAUCACAAAGUGCUGUACACAAGAAGGGGAGGAUCGGGGAAUACAUAAUAAAAUACAAAACAAAAUACAAACUGCAAAAGCCCACCCACCCACCCUCCAAGCCCGCAUUUAACAGAGACCCACCCACCCACACAGACAGACAGACACACACACUCUCACAACCACCGAGACACCAAGUCAGGGCUCAACAGGAAGCCACAGAGGACCAAGGAAACGCUAUCUUAAACUAAAAUGGGGAACCACAGGAACCGAAGCUAAACUGAUAAAACCAUGACAAGAUAAAGGAAACUCAUAAAAUGAUAAAAAAUAAAAUGAAAUAAAAUAAUAAUCACAACAAAAUAUUAUAUAAUAAAACUGUUUUGAAAUUCAAACAAUAGAAGAAAAUAAACAAAUAAUGUUAGAAUAUAAGAAUAUAAUUCUAUAAUAAGAUAAUAUUGCAGGGCCUUUGGUCGGACUAAACACAUUAUUUGAAUGUAUCACAUUAUGCUCUGAAAAUAUUUGACGGUUAUUCAGACAAAUGUCUAAACUAUAUACUAAGCAAAUAAUCAAUAAUUGAUCACUACCUUAUUGUAUCUUUGUCUCCCCCAUUUUAGUGGAAGUUGCCAUUGAGGAUGGAGACUCAGACUACCCAACCAUGGGGAAUGAAGGUGAAGUGAAUUCUGCUAUCGGUGGCAUCCUGGAAGCACAUCAAGCAGAACAAACCACCAAUGAAGAGGCAAUCAGUGACUUCAUUGUAGAUCGUAAACCACGUAAAAGGAGCAUGAUAUGGAAGCAUUUUGAAAUCUUGGAAGGUUUGUCUGCUGCUCAGUGUCGCAUUUGCCUGAAGACGCUGCAGUGCUUCGAAGGCGGCAGCACCAGCAACCUGCAUCGACACAUGUCAAAAAGACAUCCAGUGCUGUUUUCUGAGUUUUUGGCCAAUGGGCAAAACCCACGGGCAUCCCACUCUUCGCAGGGACCAAAUAUUGUUGAGGACACAUCACCACCUCAAGAGACAGUCAGGAGAACAGAAAAAAGAAAAUGUCCAGGUGAUGUUUUGAAAGCUUACCUCUGUGUUUUAAUAAUCAGAAAAUUGGGUACCUAACUUUUUAGUCAUACAUCAGGUCCUCAGGCGAGUGAAAGUAUAAGUAUCUGCUUCUCAUAUUCAAAGUUGUAACAUUUGACUUUAUUGUAACAAUUGAUCAUAAAGUGUUUUGACUUUUUGUCAGAAAAAAACUAGGCAUGGGUGCAUAGAUUUUAUUUUCAAAGUAAAUAUUUAAUGAGUUGUCUGUAAAAAAGGAUGAGCAUGUCUUUAUAUAUCACUAUUAGAAGCCCUAAGUGUACUAUUUUUUCCUUUUCUGAUUAAGCAGAUGUUUCAGAGGAGGAUGGGGACACUGACAGCCUCACUGCCGGGAUUAAUGUUGAUAUGAACUCUACCAUUGUUGGAAUCCUGGCCGCUACACGAGGAGGUCCAGCAGAACAAACGGCGCAUUUGGAGUCUAGUGGCGACCACCCUCGCAGACGAGGUAAACGGAGUGUGAUAUGGAAGCACUUUGAACGCUUGGACAGUUUGGAUGCUGCUCAGUGUCGCAUCUGCAUGAAGAAAUUACAUUGCUUUGAAGGCGGCAGCACCAGUAACCUGCAUCGACACAUGUCAAAGAGACACCCGGGGGUCUUUUCUCAGCUUUGGACUGAUGGCCAGAACCACAAUGAGGACACACCGGCCCCCACUGAGACUAUUAAGGCAGCAAAGAAGAGACAGGGUUCAGGUGAUAUUUUGAACCUUUUUGCUGUGUUUGAAUGUGAUUUAAUCCAAAUGUAGCUUCUUUACAGAGGAGGGAUACAUGUCUCUUGUUUUAACACAAACUUGAUAAAAUGAGGGGACCUUGAUCUAAAACCUUGUCCUCAUGUAUACAUGAUCAAGAUAAAUGUAAUAAUCAAGCUGACUUAAGAUUUCAUGCCAGUGUUUUACUGCUUAGAAUCAUUUUUGCAAGGGCAGAAUUUUGCUGGCACCAAUAAGAUAUUGUGGGUGGAUGUUUGUAUCAAAUGUGCCUUAGAUUUGAAAUAAUUUUACAGGCCAAAAAUACCAUAGUAUGAGUUCUUACAUAUAGGUGGAACAAUAUUUAAAUUAUUUAACAGUACAUUUCCCAUAUAUUUUAGCUGGGAAAGAAGUUUAAUAACAUGAAAAAAUUUAAAUGCUCCGGUCUCAACCACUCAACUAGAUGCAUUGUGACUUAAUUUUCUACGUACUUCUAAGAAAGCAGUUUGGUGUCCCUGCUGCUACUAUCAGCCAAAAAAGCUAUGAGGAUUAAUGAAAUUAAACAUGUGUCUUCUUCUUCUCUCUUCUUUAAGGUAUGUUGAAGUUUUCCCCUGAAGGACAAAUGCGCAUGUUUAGGAGAGAGCGAGAGCUGAUUGAAGCCCUGAGGAGAGCCCAGAGGGAGGAGGCUCAAGCUCUGGAGCAACAGAAGGAGCUGAUUGAAAAGCUGCGUUCUGCGAAUGCCAGGGAGGCAGCUGCAGAGAGGGAGCAAAUUGAGUCAUUGAGAAAAGCACAGAUGGAGGAAGCUAAAGACUUGAUUAGACAGAGAGAAGAACUCGAGGUGGAAAAAGCCGAGUUGCAGAAGAAAUGGGAAGAGCUUCAGCAGCAGCAGGGCUAGGGACUACGAAUUUUCCUUGUUUCAUAGAGGACAGCAACCUUCCUGAGUCUGGUACAGUGUGAGGACUGGACAUGUCAUUUUGCUGUCAGACUAUACAUAAAUCCGCAGGACUGAAUCAAACCAAUAGUAAUGUAAAAAAAAAAAGAAGAUAAGUAGAUUCCACUAAAUGUUUGUUUCAAAUAUUCCAGUAAAUUGAAAUGUAAACUGUG